CUUCUCAAAGUGCUUAAUCAUCGCUUUUUCGCUUUAUUCUAUCUAUGUCUGCGUAAAAUGGGCUGCAAGAACGAGUGUCAUGUCUUUAUUCGAAAUAUUUUUUCAUUAAUUCGUUCUCAAAGAAUUUCCACUGCUUUGAUAUUUCGCAGUCACGAAAGUCUACAAUGUUUUCCUGCUUUAAACUUCUUCCGUACUCAACAUCAGUUCAUGUGUUUGCAUGUUAAUUCUAACCUCAAAAAGUUCACAAGGUCAGAUUUUCUUCGCUGUUCCUUGGCUCUCAUUCCAGUUUCAAGUAAAUUCGGGAUUAAUAGCAUCUUCAGUUCCAAUAUCAUCCUUAUGUGCGGCCUUUCACUCGUAAUCUACAACUGCUCUCUAAAUUCUACAGAAAAAUCUCUUUUUCGGGCGGCAAAAUUGGGGACUGCUGCAGAACUCAGAAGACUUCUUUAUGAAGAGAGGGUAAAUGUGAAUCAACGGCAUAUUCUUGGUUGGACUGUAUUGCAAACAGCUGUUAUCAAUGGAAGAUCUGAAAUCGUAUCAAUUUUACUAGAGGCAGGAGCUGACCCAAACCUACGCGAUGAAUUCACUUCCUUUCAUAAAAUGGCAGCAAAAACUGGACUUCAUCCCUUAGAUGUUAUUACAUUGCGGGAAACUGAAUUCAGUGAUCAGCUGAACAAUAGGAGAACUUUUCAAGGCUUUACGGCCCUCCACUAUGCUGUUCUUGCCAAUGACUUCACGAUAGUCAGGCUACUCCUUGAUGCUGGGGCUAAUCCGCUGAUUGAAAAUGAUGCAGGUCAUCAACCCAUCAUGUUCGCUAAAGCAGAGCAAAUCAAAGAUUUAUUGGAUAGAGCAAUGUCAGAGGUUGCAAAGUUGAUUGGUGCUCCUCCCGGCUAUGUGGGUCAUGAUGAAGGAGGCCAGUUGACGGCAAGACUGAAAAAUUGCCCCAACGCUGUCGUGCUCUUUGACGAAGUGGACAAGGCCCAUCCAGAUGUUCUUACAGUCCUUCUCCAACUGUUUGACGAGGGGCGAUUGACCGAUGGUAAAGGCAAAACCAUAGAGUGUAAAAAUGCUAUCUUUGUCAUGACCUCCAAUUUAGCAUCGGAUGAAAUCGCUCAGCAUGCCUUGCGGUUACGUGAUGAAGCAGAAAAACUGCAAGAAAAGACUCCUGAAGGUGAGGAAUUUCAGACGGAAGUGACGAUCUCCAGGAAUUUUAAGGACAGAGUCGUGCAACCCAUAUUGAAGCGCCAUUUUGGGCGAGACGAAUUUUUAGGCAGAAUUAAUGAAAUUGUUUAUUUCUUACCAUUUUCGAGGUCUGAGCUGAAGAAACUAGUAGCCAAAGAAUUGGAAUUCUGGGCCAAAAAGGCAAAAGAAAAGCACAACAUUGAGCUGAUAUGGGAGCGGCCGGUUGAGUCAGUCCUUUCGGACGGCUACGAAGUGCAGUACGGGGCACGUUCGAUCAAGUAUGAGGUAGAACGACGCGUGGUGAACCUCCUGGCAGCAGCCCAUGAGUCCGGCUUCAUCGAGGAUGGCUGCACAGUCCAGUUGGUGGUCAACACCAACUCCUUCCAGGACACCACCACCACCGUCGAUGCAGAAGAGACCGUUUCCACUUCUGCCUCUACUCCAUCUGCGACCAUCCGUCUUCGUGUCAAGAAGAGUGGCAAGCAGGACUACUGUAACGUUGAAGACAUGCAGAAAAGUUCCUUCACUGUUCCGGCUGCAGCUGCGUUCUCUUUUUUUGAUUAGGUGCUGCCACUGGGCCGAACGCAAGUAAGGCUUCUUACGGAAGGACUCAGGUCAAAGAGUACCCCAAAGACCGCCCUGUUCUCAUCGACUCCUAAUCCUCAGGAUGUCGAUAUUUUUAUUUCCAUGCACACCAUUCUUGUUUUCUUAGAAGAAAAAAAGAACCUCUUUUCAGCAGGUUCACCUUUCGGUGAUUGAUUUUCUCAUUCAAAGUAAUUGAGCACUUUUUUAAAGAGCUGUGCACAACGAAAAGACAGUUCUGAAAUAAGUGCAAAUGCAUCAGGCAAAUGCAUGACUUUUUUGGACAAAAAAACCCUUCGAUUUUACAAACAGGACUCAAGGGCACACUCUUCUUGAUCAAUCGACAUAAAGUGCAAACUGCCAAACUCUUAGAUGAUAUGUAGUCCAUAAAAUUAAAAGCCAAGUUAUGCAUGGUUUCUACAAAGAAUAAGUCAGUUACCUCAAAACAUUGCUCCAAUUUCAAGCUUUCGUGUUCACUGUCAUGACCCUUUUAAUUUCAUAAUUUUCCCCCUUAAUUGAUUAUAAUAAUCGUAUUACAGGCCCUUUGUGUUAUAUGGCAUUUUAUUUUUCGUCUCCUCUCUAUUCAAGGAUAAUUGAUAGUAAAUUGACUUUCAGCCUUUUCGACAUGUUUUUUCAUUAUUAUGACUCUCUCGCAAAACCAUUUUUUAUAUUUACUCUUUUUUAAUUUUGUUAUUUCUCUAGUAAAGCUCUAAACUUAGCAUGAAUUUCUCAACGGAUGCUUCUUUCCUCUCGCUUCUUUUUUCUGUGUUCUGUGGUAGAAGCUGUAACUUGUAAGUACCAUACAGUAAAAUUAUUUUAAAAAUUAAAGAGUAAAAUAUGACACCAGAAAGAAUGAUGACAGUAAAUGAAGAAGUUUCAAUGAGAAAAAAUAUUCUCAGUGUCAAAGGAAAAGUAUUUAAAGGGGCUGUGAAGGCCCAAGUUGAAAAAGAUGAGCCAUUGGCGCAAAAUUGAGCGUUUAACAGUUGCUGUGAUGGUGCUUUUUGUUCUCAUUGAUUUUCAUGUUCUGCUCUGAAAUAUAAAUAAAUAUUUUUGCCUAAAACUCUCUUGCUUAUAUGUAGAAUAUGAUGAAUAUUGGAGGUGAAAACCACAAAAACAGAUGGGCGGCCCUUUCUCGCAGAGUGGCUAGAAAUUGACAAUUCAGUGAGAAUAGAUACUGUAUUUUUUCGAAUGUAUUUUUACUGUAAUUUUAAUGAAUCAAUUGAUUUUAUUCUCAUUAAAAUUAAUCCAUGAAAAAGAUUCAACGUGUGUUCAUUAAUAUGGGCUGAUUGUGAAAUGAUCAGAUGAAAUGAUGACUUAAUAAAUUUAAAGCAUGUGUACCAGA